GCAGUGUUUCAUAUCCCUCUCAACCUCUUCCUCAGAUAAAAACCCCCCAGUAUCUUUCAGAUGUUUUCUCUCUCUCUCCAUGUGUGCUGGGUUCUAGAGCUCCUAAACGUACCUGGUGUGAUCGGCUGGUUUGUCUAAGUGAAUCCAUAACGUGCGGUUAUAAAAGGAUUAUUUUGAUGUUGUGAGGAUGUUCCUGUUCCUGCUUUGGACUUUUUGCCUCGGUACUAAAGCACAACCCUUACAGGAGAAUACAGUCGCUCUUGAUCCUUGCUCUGCCUACAUUAGUCUGAAUGAACCUUGGAGGAAUACUGAAUACCAGUUCAAUGAUUCUGUCGACCAGCCUGAGUGUGACAGCCAUGUUGAUGGAGAAUGGUAUCGCUUCACAGGGAUGGCGGGCGAUGCCAUGCCCACCUUCUGCAUCCCUGAGAACCACUGUGGGACCCAUGCCCCUGUCUGGCUGAACGGCAGCCACCCUCAAGAGUCAGAUGGCAUUGUCCAAAGGCAGGCUUGUGCAACCUUUAAUGGAAACUGCUGCCUCUGGAACACAACUGUGGAGGUCAAGGCCUGUCCAGGGGGCUAUUAUGUGUAUCAUUUAAACAAACCAAGUGUCUGCUACCAUGCCUACUGUGGACAUUUCUAUGACAUCUGUGAUGUGGUUGAUUGUCGAGGCUCCUGUCUGGACACUGGAGACUGUCUGUGCUCUUUGGGGACAACACUGGGACCAGAUGGACAGACAUGUCUUGAUGAAAAUGAAUGUGAAAGAAACAAUGGAGGCUGCAGUGAGAUCUGCAUCAACCUGAAGAAUUCCUACCGUUGUGAAUGUGGAGUUGGACGCGUGCUGGGGAAGGAUGGAAAGACCUGUGAAGAGAUUGAAGGGUGUCACAACAAAAAUGGAGGCUGCAGCCAUACUUGUGUCAUGGUGGAAGACAAUUACCAGUGCGAGUGUCCACGGGGCCUUGCUUUGUCAGAAGAUGGCCACACAUGCCAAGUCCCAGUUCUGUGCAAAUCUACCUCCAUAGAAGUGAACAUCCCUAAAGAUCUGGUUGGAGGGAUGGAUCUUUCACUCAUCAAUGGGUCAUGCAAAGGAGUUUCCAAUGGCACACAUGUCAAUAUUGUCUUCUCCUUGAAAUCCUGUGGCACAACUGUAGAGGUGGCAAAUGACAAAAUCAUCGCUACCAAUAUGGUGACCGGCUUGCCAAAACAAACUCCUGGUAGUAAUGGUGACAUCAUUGUCCGAACCGGCAAGCUGCUGAUCCCUAUAACUUGUGAAUUCCCUCGCCAGUACACCAUCUCGGAGGGUUACAUUCCCAAUGUUAAGAACACACCGCUGGAGAUUAUGAGCCGCAACCGAGGUGUCUUCCCAUUCACUCUUGAGAUUUUCAAAGACAGCGAUUUUGAAGAGACCUACAGGGACACUCUCCCGACUCUCAAACUCAGAGAUUCUUUGUAUUUUGGGAUUGAGCCGUUGGUACACGUGAGUGGUCUGGAGACCUUGGUGGAGAGCUGCUUUGCGACCCCAACCUCCAAGGCUGAUGAGAUUCUGAAGUACUACUUAAUCCAGGAUGGCUGUCUUUCAGAUGAAUCUGUGAAGCAAUACACGUCAAAGGAUCAUCUUGCCAAGCACUUCCAGGUUCCAGUGUUCAAAUUUGUGGGUAAAGACAACAAGGAGGUCUUCCUACACUGCCGUGUCCUUGUGUGUGGAGUCACAGAUGAGAGAUCGCGAUGCGCCCAGGGCUGCCACAGACGGAUGCGCAGGUGGGCUGAGAGAGAGGAAGAGAACACUGGCCACAUAACUAAUCGUAUCCUGAUAGGUGGCCCAAUUAGAAUUGACGUGGAGGAGUAGCUCUGCUUUAUGAACAUGGUGCCCCUCUAGCAGUCAAGAGUUUGCCUUUUUUUCCUUUUCCUCACCAUUUUCUUCUCCUCACAUAAAGCUGAUAACCUCCUUUUUUAAAGAUCAAAACACAUGCAGUUCUGCAUCUAAAUGCUAUUUGAUCACUGUAGUGACCUUAAUGGGUCACAUGAUUCACAGGAUCAAAAUGGGUAACACCUUCUGUCAAGGAAUCCAAAUAUUAUUGGAGCUGACCUAGCCCUGCCUGGAAAAGAAGGCUGUGUAUCCACUGACAGUGGAAGGAUUAGUCUGAGUUCCUGCAUUCCUUCUAGAGGGAGGGGUGAGCUUCACCCACCUCUCCCUCUUCUGUAAAUCAUGUAGAUUUCACUGAUCUGGGAAUCUACAUGAAGAACCUAUAAUUUAUGCUAUUUCUCAUUAAAUUACCUUGUCUCUUUUGUGUCCCUUUCUCUCCUUUCUGUGGACUUCUUGAGAAGGAGAUAGCACCCUAAAACCUUGCCCGUGCUAUGUCUCAAAACUGAAUCAAGAAAUACACUGUGUGCAAUUGUAAAAAACACAUAUUUUGGAAACGGUAGCUAGUGCUUACAGUGGUGAAAACUGCACAUAUUUUGACUUACCAGUGAAUGUUGGUAGAAAGCCCAUUGGAGAGGGCUCAUAUUUUUUUCUGGUGUCCCUUUCAUUCUAUCAUUGGAUUCCUGAUUUAGAGAAUAUUUACUUUUUGCAUUGCAUUGAAUAAAUUACUCGUGUCCUGUUGUCCUAUACUACUCCAUGAGAGGCGUAAAAUGAGAAUGUCAGAAAGCUAUGAGCCUACCAACCUACACUCUUCAGGGGUGACACCAUGAUCUCAGGAUACCUUAUGAUAGGAAACAGGAGGGACAUAUAAUUUAAUGAUGAAAUGAUGGAACAGGGUCAAUGAUGCGAGGCAGGUACACUGUUGGAUAAUGCAAACACUGUUACUGUCAUGCAAGAACAGCUGUGAGAAUUUCAGAGAAUCCAGAGCCAGAGAAUGGGGUAUAGUUACUGCAAGAUCGGUUUAGAAAAGGAAUUUCGGUGCUGUUUUUAAUCACAGAGUAACAGGCAAAAUGUCAGUGAGACUUCCAUUUAGAAUAAGUGGCAAUUUGAUAAAAAAAAACAUGUGAGCAGAGGCUAUGAUCUGGAACAUCUAAGAGAUAUAUUUGGAAUAACAAGAAUUAUUAUACAAAUAUAUUUAGGUUUACCACAUGGAGUUGUAAAAUAAUAGUAAUUAUAAGUAGCCAGAAGUUAUUGGCAAUUUCUGAUGUUAUCUUAAACUACAUAUGCAAUGAAAUAAAAGAUUUACAACUGC